AUGUCAACGUCGUCUGCGGCACGCGUCCAGGCGGCGACGGCGAGGUCUCGGCAGCGAAAUCCAAAGCGGUUCGCGCCGCUCAAACCCGACGCCGAGACCGGCCACGAUCUUCCUAAAUUGCAGGGCAUCAUCUUCGACAUGGAUGGGACGUUGUGUCUUCCUCAAAACUACAUGUUUCGAGAGAUGCGUGAGGCGUUGGGGAUACCCAGAUCGGUCGACAUCCUCGACCACAUCCGCUCGCUGUCCAAUGAACCCGACAACUCCGACGGCGCUAGCAGUGACGACAUCGCGCCAGACUCAGUGUCAAGACGGCCGCCACCUCACUCGACACUGAGCCCCUUUCAGCUCCCAUCCGAAGAUAUACUCUCUCCCAUCAGCGACAUGAUUCCCCCCUCGGCACCCUUAUCGCCACAAGCUCGCGCGGUUGCUAAGAUCCAGGCCAUCGAGCGCCACGCCAUGUCCUCACAGCGCCCGCAACCUGGCCUGCAGGCACUCAUGGACUACCUCUCUCGGCGGGGUGUGAGAAAGGCACUCUGCACGAGGAACUUCCCUGCCCCUGUGCAUCAUUUGUUGAGCAAUUACCUCCCCGAGGAAAUCUUUGAGCCGAUCAUCACGAGGGAAACGGAGGGAGUGUCGCCAAAGCCUAGUCCCGAUGGGCUGUGGAUGAUUGCUCAGGUUUGGGGGUUGGAUAGGGAGAUUGAAAUUGGUGAAAUUCGAGAGUCGGUUGAGGCCGAUGGUGGUGAAUUCGAUCCCCUAGAAUUGGCCAGGAGGUAUCUGGGGUCGGGCUUGAUUAUGGUCGGUGAUAGCAUUGACGACAUGGCAGCCGGCUGGAGAGCGGGAGCGGCCACGGUGCUGUUGGCGCAAGACGAAAACCAAGACUUAACAAAGCAUGAAUAUACGGGUCUGAGCAUCAGACGGCUUGAUGAACUGAUAGAUAUCCUAGAAAAUGGAUUCGCCGAGAGCACACAGAUAUAG